UCGAAAACGUUCCUCAAGCCGCUCUACAGCGUGCUUGAGGUCCGCGCACAUGUGCUCGAGGCCCUUGGCGACCUCGCGAGCAGCCAGCGCCUCGGCGAUCUCGCACCCGCCGUCGCGCUCACCUACCAACUCCUUACGUCGGCGGUUCGGCCGUCUUCCGUGACCUUCCUGCAGCAGGCCUUUGCACCGACGGUCUUUGGUGCGCUCGUGGAAACCCACCGACCGCUUCUGAACGCGACGACGAACCUGUCGUUUUUUGCCUACCUGCGCGCGCUCUCGCCGCCCGUCAACGCCGAACACUACUUUGUGCUCAUGAAGAAGCUCGGGAACGCCGCGAACGAGAGAGGCAAGUCCUUCCUGGCGCGUAAGGACUUGCAGCAAGCCUACCUGUGGUUUGAAGGCGGCAGUCUUCUCUUUGAAGCCAUCGAAGAUGGAGCGAACGCGGCGCUGCUGUGUGCCAACUUGGCCAACUUGCACAAGAUUUUGGCCGACGCGGAUGGCCGCCAGGACGAGCACUACGCCAAGGCGAUCGGUCUCUGCACCAAAGCCCACGCACUCUUGAAGUCGUCGCGCGCGAACGAGGUCCACGCCAAAGUCACGGGCGAGCUCGCGCUCACGUACCUCGUCUGGGCCGUGCGCUUGAGCUUGAACGCACCCGUGCACAGUGAUGUGGAGGCGAAUAUCGCUGCCAAGUUCAACAAGGCGCUGCAUCUGUACCUCGAGAUCAACGACGCGCGCCAAGUGGCCUCGACGCACUACCAAAUGGCGUCCUUCUACAGCCGGCAGCUGGUCGGAAAGCUCGACGCGACGACCCGCACCAAGAUGGAGCUGGCGCGACGCCACUACGAGAAGGCCCUCUUGUACUUUGGCGUUGUCGACGUCGGCAAGACCUUUGUCAUCAUCCACCAAGAACUCGCAGCGUUGUAUGCGGCCUCGGACAAGGCCGAAGACAUUGAACAUGCACUGCUCGUGCUCCUCAACACGUACGAAGCGUACUCGAAGAGCCACCGCUUGUCGCUCGACGACCGGACGACCUUGGCGACUGUCGCUCCGAGCAUCCUCGAGGGCGUCCAGAACUACCUCCUCCGCCUCGUGCGCGCGCCGUGUGCGUCCAAGAGCGUCAAAGCGCGCAGCAGCGUCUUCAAGCAAAUGUACAAGGAGGCGAUUUGCAACCGGGACGCGCCGUUGGCCCAAGUGCUCUGCACGCUGCGCACAUUGUAUGCGUCUUGA